AUGAACAAAAAGGGCGCUCCUCUCCGGCCUAUCGCAUCACUAAAGGGCACUCCAACCUACGGACUGGCAAAGUGGCUGUUCCAACGUCUCAAGUUUCUGACCUCCGAUUCGAACACCACAGUCAGCUCGUCAACGCAAUUCUUGGAGAAACUUAAAGGAGUAAGUCUCCUGCCAAGUGAUAUCAUGGUUUCCUUUGAUGUCACGUCCCUUUUUACUUCUAUCCCGCAGGACCUGGCAGUCGAGACAAUCGAACUACUCCUACGAGAGAAGUACGACGAAACGGAGAAUCGCCUCGGACACGCCCAAAUCAUCCAGCUUCUGAAGUUCUGUCUCAAGACGUACUUUACAUUCGACGGAACAAUCUACGAGCAGGUGAAGGGAACGCCAAUGGGUUCGCCGAUUUCGGGACUCAUAGCCGAGGCGGUCCUUCAACGGCUGGAGUCGCUGGUUUUCCGACACCACAGACCGAAAUUCUGGGCUCGGUAUGUGGAUGACACCUUCGUCGUCAUCGAACGGGGUCAGGUGCUGACUUUCAAAGAACAACUCAACGCCGUCUUCCCGGACAUUCAAUUUACGAUGGAGGAGGAGGAAAACAAUCAGCUGGCCUACCUGGAUGUCCUCGUCUGCCGCAAAGAUUGUGGUGACCUAAAAACCAAAGUGUUCAGGAAAGCGACAAAUACGACGCAAAUACUGAACUUCAAUAGCAACCACCCGAUCAGUCACAAACGCAGUUGCGUAAGGGCGCUAUACCGGCGUGUUGAGACGCACUGCAGUGAAAUGGAAGACAAGGUUGCUGAAUUACAAUAUCUUCGACGGGUAAUGAGAGCCAAUGGCUAUCCGCGCAACUUUGUCAACUAUACGAAAAGGACACCAGAGACCCAAUCCAACUAG